UGUCCCUCGCCCGCCGCCUGCCCCAGCUCACCUCUCGUCCAGGGACAUGACAGGCACGCCUGGCGCCGCUGCAGCCCGGGAUGGCGAGGCCCCCGAGCGCUCCCCGCCCUGCAGUCCGAGCUACGAUCUCACGGGCAAGGUGAUGCUUCUGGGAGACUCGGGCGUCGGCAAAACCUGUUUCCUGAUACAAUUCAAAGAUGAGGCCUUCCUGUCCGGGACCUUCAUAGCCACCGUCGGCAUAGACUUCAGGGUGAGGUGGCUGCAGGCUCCUCCUCCCAGCAGUGAGCCAGGGGGCUACAACUCAGACCCAAGGAACAAGGUGGUGACCGUGGAUGGUGUGAGGGUGAAGCUUCAGAUCUGGGACACAGCAGGACAGGAGCGGUUCCGCAGCGUCACCCACGCUUAUUACCGAGACGCCCAGGCCUUGCUCCUGCUGUACGACAUCACCAACAAGUCUUCCUUCGACAACAUCCGGGCCUGGCUCACUGAGAUCCAUGAGUAUGCCCAGAGGGAUGUGGUGAUCAUGCUGCUAGGCAACAAGGCGGAUGUGAACAAUGAACGAGUGAUCCGUUCGGAGGACGGAGAGACGCUGGCCAGGGAGUAUGGAGUUCCCUUCAUGGAGACCAGUGCCAAGACAGGCAUGAAUGUGGAGUUAGCCUUUCUGGCCAUUGCCAAGGAGCUGAAACACAGAGCCAGGCAGCAGGCCGAUGAACCCAGCUUCCAGAUCCGAGACUAUGUGGAGUCCCAGAAGAAGCGGCCUGGCUGCUGCUCCUUCUUGUGACUCCCAAGGGGCUGAGAGGAGGCUCCAGAGGCCCACGAGGAUGCAGCCUUCUCCCCCAGACCUGGCUUACUCUGAGCAGCUAAGCCAGUGGGGAGAGAACUGGGGGACCCAGUGCACAGGCCUUCCUUCCCAAGAGGGAGCUGUACUACCUACUUCCUGGACUUCCCUGCAUCUCCAGGGAGGGUAAAAUAUUUAUAUUUCAUUUUAAUGAUACACAAUUUAAUACAAAAAAAGGCACCAGAAAGCCCAGGUAAGGACCUGGUGGCCCUUUUGCCUUCUAGUGCUAGGACUGAGGGGUCGGGGCCUACCUCCUAGCCACAAUGAGGGCAGUAUUGCUCAGCUCAGCACCAGGGGACACUGAUGCACUUCAGUGACCCCCUUCCCACUCUCACUUCAGCUGGAGAGAGGCUUCAUGUCCUCCAGCUUCCCAGGGAACAAUCUUCCCCACUAAGACAGGGCCCUUGUGCUGGGAGCUAGACCAAAACCUCAGGGAAGAUAGGAGAUAUGGAGAUUGGGCAGGGACUCUGCUCCCUGGGAGGGGGAGAGAGGAGUAGCAGAGAUUAGGUCUGUUUGGCUACCUCUGGCCCUACUAACGCCCCUCCAGGAGGUGUACCCUUUCCCUCCAGCCCACAAGCACACUGGGGCACCUGGAAACAUUUGGUUCCUGUUCCCCAGACCUCAGAUCCCAGGGAAGCCCCUCCUCCAUGAAUCCCUGGUCUUAUCUACCUUUCUGGCUGUGCCCCUACACACCUAAGGUCCCAGCUAGGGAAAGGUGGUUCUUCUGUCCCAACCCUUUAGCAGGUAUGCAGCCCCCAGGCUACUUCAAGCAGCUGUAGUGCUUCUACUGGGAAAAAACCAGAUAAAGAGAAACCACCUGGAGCAGGUGGGAGGCAGAAUUGAGUAAACCUUGCCCUACAUGUAUGCCCCUAAACCCAAGCGCUGCCUCCUCCCUGACACCCACGCCCAUUUUUUCCCAGACAGACGCAGACUCAAAACUGCUCUAUCUCCCUUUCUACUAAGCCAGGUUAGAGAGUGAGAGGUCAUCCAAUUCUGGUAAACCAAUGCAAUGUGUGCAAAAUAAGGUCAUGUGGGUAAGACUGGGGUAGGGAAGGGGCGGCAAGGAGUUACGGGAGCGAAGGUCACAACUCUCCCAAAGCCCUUACCCCAGCAAUCAGAAGGGCCAGGGUACAUGAAGGUCAUGACCUAAAGCACCUUACUCCAGCUCUCUGGGCCAUGGGUGGGGAGAGACACCUUUGCUCCAGCUCUCCAAGUCAGGGGCGGGGGAGAGGGAUAGAAAGAGGCAUGCACUGCACAUUUCUGAGGCUACUGCACUUGCUUCCACGGCAGAAAUCUUGCUCUCUGAGCAGAGUCAGCAGCUCCAACUUGGGCCAGAUAAGGAAGCUCUCCCGAGCAGAGCAGGGAGGAGCCUGACCUUGCCGGCUCUUCUGGGGCCCAAGGCAGGUCACAGGCGAUCCAAUCAUGUAGGCUGUACUGGGCCUCCAGCAUUUGUGUUUUCCAGAAUUAAACUGCAGUAUUUUGGAAAGUA